AUGAGGCAGCGAGGGCUCCAACGCAAGCGGAGUCGGUCGCCGAACCCUCGUGUCUUCAAGAUUCCGAUGGUCGCGAAGAAGCCAGUACUCGAAGAUGCAGCUGCUGCCAUCAACGCAGAGCUGCAGAACGACCCAGCUCGCGAUGCUAUCAUGAGAUUCAGCGGUCCAGGAGUCAGACCAAAGGUUGGCAAUCGACUGCUGACACAGGCUGAGAUGGACGAGAAGUGGGACGCCUCUAGAGUGAUGAGCGGCCUCGGAAAUAUGACCACUGAAAGCAUGGAGCUCUUGCGUGAGCAACAGCGCGAAGCACACGCCGUGGCGCACGAGGCCAAUACCGACCACGACAACCUCGAAAUUCCAAAGUUCAACGAAGACACAAAGCCCGUGGACCAUAGGGCUGUCCUCAUCGACAACUGCGAGUCUUGUGGGACAAGGAUCAAGGCUGUCCACUACAAGUGCUUCGACUGCCCGGACUAUGUCUUUUGCGAGCAGUGUUACACGGGAGGCAACCACGAUCACGGGGUCCAUCACCGGUUUGCGAAGUUGUGCAAGCCGUUCACAACGGAGCCAGCUAUCGCGGAGGUGUUCUGCAAGUGCCAGUCAAUUUCCAUCGAGAACAUGGUUCUGUGCACCACUUGCAAUGUUCCAUUCCACCCUGGCUGCUUCGGACUUGGCUGCAAGAGUGGUAGGCACUACAAUGACAACACCAUGGUGCGUGAGAGCUCCAAGAAGGCCGACUACAACGCCUGGCGAGGUGGUAAAGCCUUCGAGUGUCGUCAGUGUAUGCAGGCAAAGGCCGAUGCCGCAAUGCACACUGUACCCGAAGUCGCUGAAGAGGACGGGGAGGACGAGGUGAUUCCAGACGCGCCGACGCAGACAGCCUCGAACUUCUCUCGUAAGCGUACUGCGGAUGAGUUCGACGAAGAUAUCGCUGAUGAAGAUGGAGAUAUGGGGCUAGACGAGGUGGCGCCAGCUCCAACUGCAAAGCGUCACAAGCCAGAGAAAGUCACGAAGGAGGUCGAAAUUGACGACGAUCUCAAGUCUCUGUUCGAAGAGGACCCGGAGGAGGAAGAGCAGGCCAGCACCCAAGCUACAGCCACCUUCACGCUGCCCAUUCGUUGA